AUGAAUAUCAAGGGAAUUGAAGUAUGGAUAAUAUUGGCUUUAUUCACAAGAUUUAUUAUAUGUGAAUGGGAUACUGCUUAUUCUCCUUUAUAUCCCCAUGCUUAUUUGAAAUUAUCAAAUGAUGAAUUAUUAAAGAUUUCGAAUAAUCAAGAUUUCAAGUCUGGUGAUUCAAUUAGUGAUACCAUAACACCACCAACAAAGGGAAAUUUUUCAAUUACAAUAGCUAAUGGAGAUUUAUAUGCUUUCUUUGAAGGUGAUUCUAAAAUGUCAAUAUCUAGAUAUGAUGAUAAAACUGAUAAUUGGAUCUCAAUUGAUUAUGAUACUACAUUGAAGAAAAAUACAAAUUAUGAUUAUUAUCAAGAUUGUACAGUGAUGACUUCAGCAUCCGAAGAUGAAGACGAUGAAGAAACUGGUAAAGAUUUAAUUUAUAUUUAUGGAGGUCAAUUACAAAACAAUAUAUCAACUAGAAUCUUGGAGUUUGAUCCUCAAAAAAACACAUUAAACUCAGUAAUGACUUCAAUUACACCAACUGGAUUUUAUGGAUCUUCAAAUGCUAUAUUAGAUUCUAAAGGAAUUACAAAUUUAUUAAUUGGUGGUAAAGCAUCAACAGGUUGGGUUAGUAUGUUUCAAAGUGCAACUUGGGAAUAUAAAUCAUGGUCAUUUAAAACUGUUAAAUCUUCAACUCAAGGGAUAAAUUCAAGAAUUCAUUCAUUAGUAUUACCAAUUUUUCCUAAUAAUUCAAGUAAAGCCUCAAAUGUCUUAGUCUUUGGUGGUACAUUGGGUCCAAAUUUAGCAAGUCCAUCAGUAUUAAGCUUAAAUGUAACUGAUGAUGAUGAUAAUUGGGAAUGGAAAGAUUUAAGUAAAACAACUGAUUUAAAAAUUAAAGAUUUAUUAGGUGCUGUUGUUUUCAAUUCAACAUUAUUUACUGUAACGAAAAAUUCAUCAUCUAAAAAGAGAAGCGAGGGAUAUUCAUUAAAUUUAUUUGAUACAAAAUCAUUGAAAACAAUUGAUAGUUUUAAUUCAUCAUUUAAAAAUUCAAAAUCUGAUAAAAGCGAAUCAAUUCAAUCUUCACAAAGUACAGAACAAUCAAUUGAAUCAAGUUUAACAAGUGAAUUAAGUAAAAUUUCAAGUGCUAAUAGUGAAUCAAAAACAUCAAUUUCAACUCAAACAAUAACCUCAUCAAAUGAUCAACCAAGUGGCACUAUAACUCAUAAAUCAUCAUCUUCUUCUAAAGACAAUACCAAAGUUAUAAUACCAGCAGUUAUAGUACCAAUAGUUGGUAUUACAAUAAUUUCAAUUAUAAUUUUCUUUAUAUAUAAGAAAUUUAAUAAAUCAAAUGAUCAAAAUACUGAUAAUUCAUCAAUUGAAUCAGAUUCAGAACCUGAUUUUUAUAAAGAAGUUAAUAAUUUAGAUAAUCAAUCAAUAUCAAGUUGGAAUUUAAAAAGAAAUGAAUAUGAAAAAACAAGAUAUCAACAACAAAAAUCACCAACAAGAUCACCAACUAAAUCAAAAACAACACAACGACCAUUACCAAUAAGAUCACCAACUAAAUCAUCUAUGGGUAUAAGUGAUUUUACAUUUGAUAAUACUCAUAUAGCUAAAAAAUUGAAAAGAUUAUCAUCAACAAUGUCAUCAACACCUAAAACUCCAAAUGUUAAAAGACAAUCAACUUUCCAUGAACCUUUUGCGAAUCCUGAAGAUUAUCAAGAUAAGACAGAAUUAUCACCAAUGUCAAAUUUUACAAAUAAAUCUAAAAUUUCAUUAAUUUCAUCCAAGGCAGAUACAAAUAGUUCAUUAGAAAUGGAUAGAUACCCUAGUAAUCAUGAUGAAAAAGAUGAAGAUUCUAAAAUUGAUGAAUUUUUAGGUAAUAGAGAUGUUCAAGUCUUAGUCAGUUCCAAAAGAAGAUCAAAACUUCGUAUAACAAAUCCAGAUAUUGAAUCAAUGACAUCAAUAAGUGAAGUUGAAAGUGGUUCAAUAAUAUUUGAUGAAAAACAUGGAUCUAUUUAUGAAGAUAAUUCAAAUAAAAUUGAUAAUAAUGAUGAUAUUUUCCAUGAUGAUCAUAAUAAAAGUUUUAUUGAAGAUCAAGAGAAUGAAGAUUAUGUUCGGGAGAUUCUUAAAGCUUUUGAUGACUAA